UUGUUGUAGAAUUCUAAUCACAGUCAUCUCACAUUUGACAUCAAAAGUUGCUCUGUCAAGAUCAGGGAAGUCAGCUGAGAAACCGACUCCAUGGCGGUUUUACUCGACAGGGAAAGACAGCUUUGUGAAAUGUUCUUAGGAGCCAAAAUGGCGAUCUAAGAGGAGGUAAUUUCACGACUGGCCCUUCCUCAUAUAGCCCAACCCACUCGGUCUAGUGUCAGUGUGACCAUGGCGGAUGGUGGACUGCAAGAACCGGAGCAGGACAUCGAGAAGAAAACAGAAGAAACAAGACAGAGGUUCAAGGACGAGUAUGUGCAAGAUUCAUCUGACAAGUAUGACUCCAGAGACGUGGACAGACUCCAGAGGGAUGAUGCCUGGGCUGUAAGCUUCCUGACAUGGCGGCACUUUGUCGUGGAGGAAACCUUGAAGAUGAUUGAUGAAAGCUUUUUGUGGAGAAAAGAAUUCAAAGUGAAUGACCUCACGGAAAGCUGCAUUCCCAAAUGGAUGUUCGAGACUGGAGCCGUUUAUCUCCACGGCUACGAUAAGGAAGGCAACAAAUUAUUCUGGUUCAAGGUGAAGAUGCAUAUCAAGGAUACUAAGACGAUUCAAGACAAGAAGAAGUACGUGGCCUUCUGGCUCGAGCGCUACGCCAAGCGGGAACCCGGCAUGCCUCUCACUGUAGUGUUUGACAUGUCUGAAUCCGGGCUCAGCAAUAUCGACAUGGACUUUGUGAAGUACAUCAUUAGUUGUUUCAAAGUGUAUUAUCCAAAGUUUCUGUCCAAGAUGAUUAUGUAUGAGAUGCCAUGGAUCAUGAAUGCGGCUUGGAAGAUAGUGAAGACGUGGCUGGGUCCGGAUGCUGUCAGCAAGCUGAAGUUUGUUUCCAAGAGUGAAGUCCAAACCUACAUCGGACCUGAGUACCUUCCACUCCACAUGGGAGGAACUGACCCCUUUAAAUACAGCUAUCCUCCACUGCCCGAUGAUGAUUUUCAAACUCCCAUUUCUGAAAAUGGACCAAUCGCCAGCGAGGAUGAAAAUGAGAGCAAGGAUGGUGAAAUGGAGACCAAGGAGACCCUGGAUUCGAGCUUCAGCUCGGAGCAAGCUCUCAGGCCAAAAAAGGUCAACUUUGCAGAGGACAGUUUCAAGCUGGAGGAGUACGACAGAGUGGACACAGCCGGUCGGACUAAGGGGGCCAGGAAACCACAGACCACAUUUAAAGGGUCAUUGCUUCAUAUCAGUCCUGCAGAGGAGCUGUGCUUUGGGUCGAAAGAGACUGAGAAGAAAUGUCUGAUUAUCCUCAACAACGUGACCAAAAACCAAGUGGCCUUUAAGGUCCGAACCACAGCACCAGAGAAAUACCGAGUUAAGCCCAGUAAUAGCAGCUGUGAACCUGGAGCUUCUGUCGAUAUUGUGGUGUCCCUACAUGGAGGCUACCAGGCCUCUCCUCAGGACCGGUUCUUGGUCAUGGCUGCAGAAAUGGAGCAGAAUGCUGGAGUGGGUUCUCCAGAACUUGCACAAUUCUGGAAGGAAGUUCCAAAGACUAGAAUAAUGGAGCACAGAUUGCGGUGUCAUGUCCUUGAGAGUGGACUCACUGUGACCCCACUGACUGACAGUCCCAUCCCAUCUGGGCCCAGCGGCCACCAGGACCUGCACACCAUGCUCAUGCGGGUAGCAGCCAGCAGUUCCAGAUUGGAGCAGAAGCUAGACCACUGCCUGUGGGUCCAGAAGGUUCUGACAGUACUGGUGAUGGUUCUAAUGGCCUUUAGUUUCUGCACCCUGUACCUGUUGUACACUAGAGAUGGACCAUCAGAACCAGGCUCCACCCCACCCUCCGAACAGACAUAGACUGUCAGAGCCACCUGUUAUCCAGCAAAACCCUAACAUCUGAAGCAGAGACCAAACAAAAACAGUCAGUCCUCUGCUCUGGGGACAGACUCGCAAGGAACGGCGUUCUUUCGUUGGAGCAGAAAUGAGAAUGCCCUGCGGGGGGAAUUUCUGUGACAGUUGGUCCCUUGGAGAGUUGCUCUCUUCUCUGUGGAGUGAAGGUCCAUGUGUGAGUUCAGCAGACACUCAGGACUAAAAGAACCCAAUAAUGUAUUUUUUAGUACUCAUCGUGGAAUCAUUAAUGAUGCCAUUAUUUAUUACUGAGGUAACUAGUGAUUAAUUAUGGUAAUUUAGGAACAAUUAUAGUUUCUCAAAUUAUGUACAGUAUUUCCUUUUAAUGUAUGUAUGAAAAAUAAUAAAAAUGCACUUUUUGUUUCAUGUGAUUUGUUAUAGACCAGUUUUUUAAUUCAGACC